ACGUUUUUCGUUGCUGCAUGCGCAGCAGCCUCUGUGAAGCAAACCUUCUCCAUGUCCAAGAGUCUCCAAUGCUUCAUCAAACGACAAGGACAGUUUAUGCAUUCAUACAACGAAUGACGGAAUAGUCGGAGGGCCGUUGUGAACGUCCCAUGCCUAUUGUUAGCCGCAUACUGGUAAAAAUGGAUCCCCUAUGUGCCCAGGAAUAUGCGAACCAUCGGUAUCAGCAGUUUUUUCGCGAGAAAUCAGCUCUAUUCUGCCUCGCCGCGUUCUUCGGAUUUUCAAGCAUGAGAAUCCGGUAUUGCACCAACCGAAUAUUUCGCGAGAUGGCCCGGUGACUGUUGCCAACCUACUGACCCCGAUUGAGCCAUCUUUUCAGACUUAGUGACAAGUAUACGCGAUACGAAGCAACGCACCUCAGGUAUAAAAACGCGUCGUGUUCUGGAACGUUACAAGCAAGCUGACGAAUUUGUCCACUGCGCCAUGGCUCAUCUCUUGACUUCCCUGUUGGCAUUUCUGCUUUAUCUUCCAUUGACCUUCGCUGCCUUUGGCGUGACAACGUCUGGAAAUAAUUUGUUGGUUGAUUCUGGUGCUGGCUUGGUGACCACCAUCAACAGAUCAAACGGAGACCUAACAUCUUUGAAAUUCAACGGCAAGGAAUUGCAAGACCAAAGCAAGUUCACACAACUCAGCUCUGGUCUUGGCUCGGCAACCGUUACCUCGUCCGUGGCAAACAAUAUCGCUGUUGUGACCAUUCAGACGAGCACCAUCACUCAAUACUAUAUUGUCCGCUCUGGUACUAAUACUCUAUACAUCGGAACUUUUGCCUCAGCUGAACCCUCCGUUGGAGAACUGCGCUUCAUCGCUCGUCUCUCCAAGUCGGCACUGCCAAAUGGGCCGACCCAGUCUGAUAUCAGUGGUGGGAAUUCAAUUGAGGGUUCUGACGUAUUCAUGGUGAACGGUCAAACACGCUCAAAGUUCUAUUCCAGCGUGCGCUUCAUCCAAGAUCAAGUUCAUGGAGUCACCGGAAGCGGUGUUGGAGCAUACAUCAUUGUUCCUGGCACGGGAUACGAAACUAGUUCCGGUGGUCCCUUCUUCAGAGACAUUGAUAAUCAAGGAGGUGACCAACAAGAGGUGUAUUUCUAUAUGAACAGUGGCCAUGAGCAAACUGAAAGCUACCGCACUGGCUUCUUUGGACCUUACGCGCUUGCUAUUACCAGUGGCUCCGCACCUUCGGGCAACCUCGACAUUUCUUUCUUCGACAAUUUGGGUCUUCAAGGAUACGUUCCUGCCUCUGGCCGUGGUACUGUGAGAGGUAGCUACUCCGGAACGCUAUCCGGACUCCCUAUCACAAUUGGUUUCAAAAACUCCGCCGCUCAGUAUUGGGCAACCGGCUCUGGCGGUUCAUUCACCAGUCCGCUGAUAAAGCCCGGAACUUACACGGUUACCCUGUACGAGGGGGAGUUGGAAUCUGGCACCAGUAGUGUCUCUGUCUCUGCAGGUGGAACCGCAUCUGUAACGCUCAAGGCCUCGGCCAGCAGGCCUUCUACUAUCUGGAGCAUCGGUACUGCGGAUGGAACACCCGCAGGUUUCAUGAAUGCUGAUAAGAUCGAGACGAUACACCCCUCUGACUCGCGCAUGAGCAAUUGGGGGCCAAUUACCUUCAAUAUCGGCAGCUCGGCUUCAUCAUUCCCCAUGGCUCAAUUCAAGAACGUGAACAACCCAACAACCAUCCAGUGGAGUGCCUCUUCCUCCCAGAUCGGUGCCAGGACUCUGCGUAUCAGGACUACAUCUGCUUUUGCGGGAGGCAGGCCCCAAAUCACUGUCAACUCUUGGACGUCUAGUGCGCCCUCCGCCCCUACGGCCAUCGACUCCAGAGGUGUCACUCGUGGAACGUGGCGCGGAUUGAAUCAAAUCUACGACUUCGCAAUCCCAAGCGGUACCCUCGUUGCAGGUAGUAACAGGAUUCAGAUCAACGUGAUUUCUGGCAGCAGUGGGGAUGGAUUUUUGAGUCCUAACUUUGUGUACGACUCAGUCGAGCUGUUCUGAACCGGCUCACUUUUUCUGUGGGGCUUCUCAUCAUGUGUAGAUAUCAUAGCGCUGUGGAUAUCCUACUGAGAACUUCUGCUAUAUAUAAAAUUGUGUCCCAUCU